CUCAUUGCCACCCCGCAGAGCACCAAGGGCACGCCGGUGUUCACCCUCCUGCGAGACCCCUACAUCCUGGUGGCUGCAGGAGCCCUCUGCUUCUCCAACAUGGGGGUGGCCAUGCUGGAGCCCACCCUGCCCAUCUGGAUGAUGCAAACCAUGUGCUCCCCGAAAUGGCAGCUAGGGAUGGCAUUCCUCCCUGCCAGCAUCUCCUACCUCAUCGGCACCAACCUCUUCGGGAUCCUGGGCACCAAAAUGGGCCGGUGGCUGUGCUCCCUGGUCGGCAUGGCUGUGGUGGGGGUCAGUCUCCUCUGCGUGCCUCUGGCCAGAGAUAUUUACGGGCUGAUCGGCCCCAACGGUGGGCUUGGCUUUGCCAUAGGAAUGGUGGACUCCUCCAUGAUGCCCAUCAUGGGUUACCUCGUGGACCUUCGCCACACCUCCGUCUACGGCAACGUCUACGCCAUAGCGGACGUUGCCUUCUGCAUGGGCUUCGCGAUCGGUCCGUCCACAGCCGGUGCGAUUGUACGAGCUGUGGGGUUCCCCUGGCUGAUGAUCAUCAUUGGAGUUAUCAAUAUCGCUUACGCUCCUCUCUGUUGGUACCUGCGCAACCCUCCCGCUAAAGAGGAGAAGAUUGCAAUCUUAAGCCAGGAGUGCCCCAUGCAAACCAAAAGCUACACAGCUCAGAAAACCCUGCGCGAUUUCCCUCUCACAGAUGAGAGCGACGUCGAGGCAGAAAAUGCGGAAUAG